GUCAUCGAAUUACGCCGCCAGAGGGCGCUACAGCGAUGGAAAAAUAACCCCUAGAGGAAGGGGAGAGGCGAAUUUACCAUCCAAUGAUAUCGGGCCAGAAAUGAUGCUGCUCGCACUUUCGGUAAAGAUAGAAAGAAGGAAAAGACGUGCACGCACUGAAAAGCUAGGUCAAGGUUUUGAGAAAGAGCAUACGCUUUAAAUAGACCCGCAGGACCCACGGGACGCCUCGCAAAUGCACGGAUCAGCAUACCUGUACAGUUUUUCUGCAUGCUGUUUUUUUAAAGGAUCAACUACAUAAGCUGCAGCGGAUAUAAUGCCGCUGCUGUAACGUUACAUGCUGAAAACAACAAUGCAAAGGCAGUGACAGUCGAGCUCGAGCUCUGCUGUGGUUUAACCAGUCCUGUCACUUCCUCUUGAACGUGUGCAUGUUGUGGACUGUCAGCCGUACGCGCUGUUUUAAAAGCACAGGAUUUUAUUUUUUGACUGCAUGGAGGAAACCGUCGGCCUGCUUUGCUGUUUUAUUUAGUCGGCUGAACCGGUAGCCAGCGAGGAAAUAGCGUUGCAGCGACCGGCAGACAGCUCGACCUGCGGCGGGGAUGUGUGUGAGCUAAAGCCGCUGGAUAUCGAUGGCCGCGUCGCUCUGAUCAGAGCCGCUUUGAGCUAAAACUCAGGUCUGAGAAAUGAGCUGGACUCCUUCUCUCUGAUGCACUCGAGCUAAGGGCCGUCCUGGUGGAUUUGCCCUGACCCAGCGGAGCGUUUCCAGCCCCAGCCCCGCUCCACGGCCAACAUGCUGAUCAAAGAGUACCGCAUCCCCAUGCCCAUGAGCGUGGAGGAGUACCGCAUCGCUCAACUCUACAUGAUUCAGAAAAAGAGUCGUGAAGAGAGCGAAGGCGAGGGCAGCGGGGUGGAGAUACUGGAGAACCGACCCUACACGGAUGGCCCAGGCGGCUCUGGUCAAUACACCCACAAGGUUUACCACAUCGGCCAACACAUCCCUAGCUGGUUUCGCUCCAUCUUGCCAAAAGCCGCUCUUCGUGUGGAAGAGGAAUCCUGGAACGCCUACCCAUACACCCGCACACGCUACACGUGUCCUUUCGUCGAAAAGUUUUCCAUCGAUAUCGAGACGUACUACAAGCCAGACACGGGUUGCCAGAAUGACGUCUUCAACAUGUCCUCGGCCGAAAAGAGGCAACGGGAUAUAGAUCCCAUCGAUAUUGUGAAUGAUUUUAUCACCCCUCAUGAAUACCUGGCUGAGGAAGACCCGAAACUCUACAAGUCAUAUAAAACCCAGCGGGGCCCCCUGUGUGACGACUGGAUCGCGGAAAUCAACAACAACCCAGGCAAAAUGCCCGUCAUGUGCGCUUACAAGUUGUGUAAAGUGGAGUUUCGAUACUGGGGCAUGCAGUCCAAGAUUGAGCGCUUCAUUCACGAUGUGGGGCUGAGGAAGGUGAUGGUGCGCGCUCAUCGGCAGGCCUGGUGUUGGCAGGACGAGUGGUACGGUCUGACCAUGGAGAACAUCCGGCAGCUGGAGCUGGAGACGCAGCUGGCUCUGGCACAGAAGAUGGCGCAGUAUAGCUGCAACGAGGAGGGCGGUGAGAACAACGGCGCCGGCACCAGCCCCGAGAAAGAGCACGAAGCCAAGGAGGCCAUCGAAGCUGAGGGGACGACGAGGAACAUGGGGGAC